GGGGCAGUGCCGGGGAGGUGGGUGGGUGGGAUAGCGGGACUGGAGUUGAGUGCGGGGCUGAGUGAGGAGGGGCAGGGCUCGGGCUGCAGGCCUGGGGCCGACCUUGGCGGGAAGGGGAGGUCCCAGAGCUGCCUCGCCGGAGGGCUCUCUGGUUGCAUUGAGUAUCGGGGCCGGAGUGGGUGCGCUGGGACGGGAUCAGAAUCGAAAGGGGACGGUUAAAGGGCUCUUGGGUGCCGGGGUGCGGAGCUGGCCCGAGAAGGGAGGUAAUUAAUGCAGGGAGGAAAAUCGAUUUCUGCCUGGAAAGAACGGAGGCAGAGAAGAGGUUUUUGAGGUAUCUUUAGAGCGAAGGGAGAGAUCAGGUGUGAAAAACGGAGUAAUGCUGACAUGGAAGACCGAUAAACGCAUGAAAGUGGGGGUUGGAAUAUCCUGGGAAAGUGUUGACAGCGGUCUUUAUUCUUAUGGGUUUCUAUAGGUUGAGCUAGAGGGGAGAGAUUGUUUUGUUAUAGAUACAUGUAAGUAGUCCAAAGUGAAUUAUGUGGGCAGUCUUGGGUGUAGUUGAAGAGACAGAGAUGUGUGCUACAGAGAAUAGUCUAGGAAUUUUGGGGAUGUACCAUACUAUAGCUCUGGGGGCCUGUGUAUCCCCAUAGUUGUAUGCUGGUGAGAGAGAAGGAUUAAAUAUGAAGAGGGCCUCUUUUUGCAGGGAUUUUUUUGUGCAGAUGGGGCUUCUGAGUGACAGGCAUUGCAAGCCCUGAGUGAGACAGGUGAAAGGUUAAGCCCUUGUAAAGGAUAGGCUGGCUAUUCCUGGACAAGAUGACUAAAAAAGAGAAAUUCAGUUUGUAUGAAAGCAGGAUAUGAAAGUUCCUGGAGUGGGUUAGGAUAGAUUUGGGUCUUUUCUCAAAGAAAAAAUGUUUAGGUUGAUACUCUGAAGGGGGGUUCUCAGCUGAGUUAAUGAAGGCCGGCCUGGGCCUUUAUGUAAAAAAGGGUGGUGCUGGUUGGGGAGGAGGCACAUGGGUAUUCCUAGAUGAGUUACAGUGGCCUUAAGAAAGGAAUUAAGUCAGUGUGAGUAGAUGACAGGGUGCUCAGGGCAUUAGCACAGUACACUUGAUCUUGAUGGAGAGAAAGAGUGAUUGACAGCUCAGAAUGAUGGGAAUCAUCUGGCUGUGAAUUCCUAGAGAUCUGCCUGCCGUAGUCCCUGCCCAGAGGGAACUGCCCAGCCCAAGAUCUUGAUAUGUGUAGUUUGAACCAGUUUAAGAGAUCAGGAAGUGGUUAAGGUGGGAAAAGUAUGGAGAUGCGUUCAGCCAGUGAGAGAAAAUUUGGUAGGCGGGUAACUUGAUGUGAGGAACCCGGGCACUGGUGGUUCACAGAGGGUGGGUGGCAAGAGGAGGGCUCAGACCACCAGUGCCACCAGUUGGCUUGGACACACCAGUUUGUGUGGUCUGAGUGUAAAAAGACGAUUGUGAGCCUGUAAGAAGGCAGAGUCUAUGUAGGAGUGCAGCUUGGAGGGACAAGCCACGAGAAUGUUUGAGGAUUCUGCGAGUAGCUUGGCAAAGGAAUACUGACUGUCCUGUGCAAUGCCCAGGGCCUUGCUGCUGCCAUGACUGAGGAGAGUGAAGAGACGGUCCUGUAUAUUGAGCACCGCUAUGUCUGCUCUGAGUGCAACCAGCUCUAUGGAUCCUUGGAGGAGGUGCUUGUGCACCAGAACUCCCAUGUGCCCCAGCAGCACUUUGAGCUGGUGGGCGUGGCUGACCCUGGAGUCACAGUGGCCACAGAGGCAGCUUCAGGCACAGGCCUAUAUCAGACCCUCAUACAGGAGAGCCAGUACCAGUGUCUCGAGUGUGGGCAGUUGCUCCUGUCACCCAGCCAGCUCCUGGAGCACCAAGAGCUACACCUGAAGAUGAUGGCACCCCAGGAAGCAGUGCCAGCUGAGCCAUCACCCAAGGUACCCCCCUUGAGCUCCAGCACCAUCCACUAUGAGUGUGUGGACUGUAAGGCUCUGUUCGCCAGCCAGGAGAUGUGGCUGAGCCAUCGCCAGACGCAUCUCAGAGCCACGCCCAACAAGGCUCCUACCCCUGUUGUCUUGGGGUCCCCAGUUGUCUUGGGCCCCCCUGUGGGCCAGGCUCGAGUGGCUGUGGAACAUUCGUACAGAAAAGCAGAAGAAGGUGGGGAGGGGGCAGCUGUUCCGUCCGUGGCUGCCACCACUGAGAUGGUGACAGAAGUAGAGCUGCUCCUCUACAAGUGCUCUGAGUGCUCCCAGCUCUUCCAGAUGCCAGCCGACUUCCUGGAGCACCAGGCCACCCACUUCCCUGCUCCUGUCCCAGAGGCUGCAGAGCCUGCCACACAGCAGGAAACCCUGGUCCCCUCACCCACUGAGGCAGCAGCGUCUCAGCCUGACCCUCUGCCAGCUUCCGAUCACAGUUAUGAGCUGCGUAAUGAGCUGCGAAACGGGGAGGCCAUUGGGCGAGACCGCCGGGGACGGAAGCCUCGAAGGAACAAUAGUGGAGAGUCAGGUGGGACGGCCACCCAGGAACUAUUUUGCUCAGCCUGUGACCAGCUCUUUCUCUCACCCCACCAGCUACAGCAGCACCUUCGGAGUCACCGGGAGGGUGUUUUUAAGUGUCCUCUGUGCAGUCGUGUCUUCCCCAGCCCUUCUAGUCUGGAUCAGCACCUUGGUGACCAUAGCAGUGAGUCUCACUUCCUUUGUGUAGACUGUGGCCUAGCCUUUGGCACUGAAGCCCUCCUCCUGGCCCACCGGCGAGCCCAUACCCCAAAUCCUCUACAUUCAUGUCCCUGUGGGAAGACCUUUGUUAACCUCACCAAGUUCCUCUAUCACCGGCGUACCCACGGAGCAGGAGGUGUCCCUUUGCCCACAACACCAGUUCCACCAGAGGAGCCUGCUAUUAGCUUUCCUGAGCCAGCCCCUGCAGACACAGGAGAGCUGGAGGCCCCAGAGCUCCCGGCAUCUGAGGUGAGUUCAGCCGAGCCUGCAGCUCCAGGCACUUACCGCUGCCUCCUGUGUAGCCGGGAGUUUGGUAAGGCGCUGCAACUAACCCGGCAUCAGCGUUUUGUGCACCGGCUAGAGCGGCGCCAUAAAUGCAGCAUUUGUGGCAAGAUGUUCAAGAAGAAGUCUCAUGUGCGGAACCAUCUGCGUACACACACUGGGGAGCGGCCCUUCCCAUGCCCUGACUGCUCUAAGCCUUUCAACUCACCAGCCAACCUGGCCCGCCACCGGCUCACACACACAGGGGAGCGGCCUUACCGAUGUGGGGACUGUGGCAAGGCUUUCACUCAGAGCUCCACUCUGAGGCAGCAUCGCCUGGUGCAUGCCCAGCAUUUCCCCUAUCGCUGCCAGGAGUGUGGAGUCCGCUUUCACCGCCCAUAUCGCCUGCUCAUGCACCGCUAUCACCACACAGGCGAGUACCCCUACAAGUGUCGUGAGUGCCCCCGCUCCUUCUUGCUGCGCCGGCUGCUAGAGGUCCACCAGCUUGUGAUCCACGCCGGGCGUCAGCCCUACCGCUGCUCAUCCUGUGGGGCUGCCUUCCCCUCAUCACUGCGGCUUCGUGAGCAUCGCUGUGCAGCUGCUGCCACCCAGGCCCCACGGCGCUUUGAGUGUGGGACCUGUGGCAAGAAAGUGGGCUCUGCUGCUCGCCUGCAGGCACAUGAAGCUGCCCAUGCUGCUGCAGGUCCUGGAGAGGUCUUAGCUAAGGAGCCCCCGGCUCCCCGGGCCUCCAGGGCUACUCGAACACCAGUCACACCCUCCCCAACAGCCCUUGGUGGUACAACCUCUGCUGCCCCUGCAGCCCCUGCCCGGCGUCGGGGUCUGGAAUGCAGUGAGUGCAAGAAGCUCUUUAGCACAGAGACAUCACUGCAGGUCCAUCGGCGCAUCCACACGGGUGAGCGACCAUACCCCUGUCCAGACUGUGGCAAAGCCUUUCGUCAGAGUACCCAUCUGAAAGACCACAGGCGCCUACACACAGGCGAGCGGCCCUUUGCUUGUGAAGUGUGUGGCAAGGCCUUUGCCAUCUCCAUGCGCCUGGCAGAACAUCGCAGAAUCCACACGGGUGAACGGCCCUACUCCUGCCCUGACUGCGGCAAGAGCUACCGCUCCUUCUCCAAUCUCUGGAAGCAUCGCAAGACUCACCAGCAGCAACAUCAGGCGGCAGUACGGCAGCAGCUGGCAGAGGCGGAGGCUGCUGUGGGCCUGGCUGUGAUGGAAACUGCAGUGGAGGCUCUGCCCCUUGUGGAGGCCAUUGAGAUCUACCCUCUAGCUGAGGCUGACGGGGUCCAGAUUAGUGGCUAACUGGCCCCCAUUUUUCUCUUCAGCAUCACCAAGCCCCCAUGCUGAAGGCCCUCCAACAAAUAGCCCCUUUAAACCUGUGUACAUAUUGUACCCCUCUCUCCUCUCCACCACCUUAUGAGUUUUGUAACUUUUUUUUUUGAGUGGGUUGCUCUGGAGUCCUUGACAUGUAAAGGACCCCUCUUCCCACCUUCCACCUAUUUGGUGGUCUCCAAAUGAAGCAGUCAAUAAAGACUGAGUUGGACAUUUA